AUGUCAACAAUAUCAUCUUUACCAUGCGUUGCUGAAAAAUGUGAGCUUGCAUCUCUUGCUUUAUGUCAAUGUUGUAAAAAAGAUUUAUGUAUUGAUCAUUUAAAUGAGCAUGCUAAUCAACGCAAUGAAAAACUUCUUCCAUUUAUUGAUAAAAUCAAUGUUUUAUUAGAUCGUUUUAAUAAAUUUUAUGAUGGUGAACAAUCAGGUCUUCAACAACUUGAUGAAUGGCGUCAACAAUCCUAUAAAAUAAUCGAUGAUUUUUAUGAUAAAAAACGUCAAGAAUUUAUUGAUGAAACUACUUAUAAACAACGUGAACAAUUGAAUGAAAUGAAUAAUAAAUUAAAAGAAUUAAUUAGAAAAAAAGGUGGUACACAACAAGAUUUUGAUAUUUUUUCAGAAAAUAUGCAUUCAAUCGAACAAUAUAUUGAUAAACUUCAACAGAUUCAACUUAUACUGCCUCCAUUAACAAUCGAUAAUAAUUGUCUUCUUCGACCUGUAACACAACAGAAUGAAUCAGUUGAAACCACCUCAACGAAUUUAAAUAAUAAAUCUCCCGAAAAUUCAAAUAAAUCUUCAACGAGACAAAAAUCAGUAGAAAAAUCUUCAAAAAAAAAGAAAAAAUCAUCUCGAUAUUCCGACGAAUCACCUGAUCGAUCUUCACGACAUAGAAAACGUGAUAAAUCAUCCGGUUCAGAUUCACCUAAAUCAUCAAAUUGUAAUGAUUGUCGUGGUUGUCAUUUUUUUCAAGAUCGUUUUGGUCCUGGUUUUAUGGAUUCUUUUGGUCCAUGUUCAUGUGAUUGUCAUAAAUGGGCGUAUAAUAAUACAUAA